CGCGAUGGCGCGGAGCGCGGAGGGUGCCGCGCUGCUUCUCCUGAUCUGCUUUAACUUUGGAAAUGGACUCCAUUUAGAGAUUUUAAACACAAGAAAUGAAAAUACUCUGCUUCCUAAACACACUCACUUAGUUCGGCAAAAGCGUGCCUGGAUCACUGCCCCUGUGGCUCUUCGGGAAGGAGAGGAUCUGUCCAAAAGGAAUCCAAUUGCCAAGAUACAUUCUGAUAUUGCACUAGAAAGAGGACUAAAAAUUACAUACAAAUACACUGGAAAAGGGAUCACAGAGUCACCGUUUGGUGUGUUUGUCUUUAAUAAAAACACGGGAGAAUUGAACAUCACCAGGAUUCUUGAUCGAGAAGAAACGCCGAGUUUUCUGCUAUUUGGUUAUGCUUUGGAUGAAAGAGGAAACAAUCUGGAGAAACCAUUAGAACUCCGCAUUAAAGUUUUAGAUAUCAAUGACAAUGAGCCAGUGUUCACACAGGAUGUCUUUGCUGGGUCUAUUGAAGAGCUGAGUGCCGCAGAUACCCUUGUGAUGAAAAUCAGCGCCACAGAUGCAGAUGAGCCCAAUACCUUGAAUUCUAAAAUUUCCUAUAGAAUCGUAUCUCAGGAGCCUGCUUAUCCUCCAGUGUUCCACCUAGAUAAAGACACAGGGGAGAUUUAUACAACCAGUUUCACCUUGGACAGAGAGGAACACAGCAGCUAUACUUUGACGGUAGAAGCAAGAGACGGCAAUGGACAAAUUACAGAUAAACCAGUAAAUCAAGCUCAAGUUCAGAUUCGUAUUUUGGAUGUCAAUGACAAUAUACCUGUAGUCAAAAAUGGAAUGACUGAAUGGGUAGUUGAAGAAAAUCAAGCCAAUGUAGAAGUUAUGCGCAUAAAAGUGUUCGAUGCAGAUGAAAUAGGCUCUGAUAAUUGGUUAGCAAAUUUUACAUUUGUAUCAGGAAAUGAAAUGGGUUAUUUCCACAUAGAAACUGAUACUCAAACAAAUGAAGGAAUCGUGACCCUUAUUAAGUACGUAGAACAGUUUCUAGCAUUUGGUACCAGUGUGCUACUGCAACAAAAGGAACAAAAGCUUGGGAGAUGUGAAAUUCAGUUUCUGAUUUCGGAUAGCCAGGGCUUCAGUUGCCCUGAAAAGCAGGUGCUUAAACUCACAAUCUGUAAGUGUCUGGAUGGUGGCGGUUGCAUGGAAAAUCUGAGGGACUCCUACGUUGGCCUGGGACCCGCAGCCAUUGCACUAAUAAUUUUUGCCCUCCUGCUCUUGCUACUUGUACCACUUUUACUGCUGAUGUGCCAUUGUGGAGAAGGCGCCAAAGGCUUCACCCCCAUUCCUGGCACUAUAGAGAUGCUGCAUCCUUGGAAUAAUGAAGGGGCGCCACCUGAAGACAAGGUGGUUCCUUUGCAUAUGACAGCAGAUCACGGAGAGGGUGUAGCCGUCGACGUGAGAGUGGGAAGUGUAACAACCAAGGAAACCACAAAAGAAAGUAGAGGUGCCUUCCUCGAAGGGCAUCAUGAGAUGGCUGAGGUGGAUGGAAGAUGGGAGGAACACAGAAGCCUGAUUUCUGGUGGAGUUACCGAAGUGACAGGGACAACAGGAGCCAACAUAGGCGCUGAAAUGACAAGGAUCACAAAAGUCACAGGGUCUUCCAGAGACCUGGCCGGAGCUCGAGCAGCUACUGUUGCAGCCAACGAAGAAUUCUUAAGAAGUUAUUUCAUUGAGAAAGCUGCCUCUUGCACUGAAGAAGAUGACAUUCACAUAGGCAAAGAUUGCCUUCUGGUUUAUUCUCAGGAAGACACUGCGUCUCUCCAUGGUUCCAUUGGCUGCUGCAGUUUUAUUGAAGGAGAACUCGAUGAUCGCUCUCUAGAUGAUUUAGGGUUUAAAUUCAGGACACUAGCUGAAAUUUGCUUGGGUCACAAAAUAGAUAUGGAUGGGGAAACUGAGCAGAGGCAAAAACCUGUGGGAGCGUCAAGUACGAAGGCAGCUUCACAUUCAUUCAGUGAGCAAACCAGGAUUAAUUCGGAGAAUGCCUGCUUCUCUGGUAAUAGCUUUCAGGUUCCAGAACCUUUGCAUGAAGCAAAUGCAGAGAAAGUAACUCAGGAAAUAGUCACUGAAAGCUCCGUAUCUUCUAGGCAGAGUCAAAAGGUAGCUACGCUGCUCCCUGAUCCAUUGGCUUCUGGUAACGUUGUAGUGACGGAAACUUCCUACAUCACAGGCUCCACGAUGCCACCAAGCACCGUGAUCCUGGGUCCUGGCCCGUCCCAGACCCUUAUUGCGACGGAGCAGACGUACGCACCGGGCCCUCCCUUCGCGGAGCAGCAUUAUGCUAAUGAGAGUAGUGUUGUGGUUACUGAGAGAAUCAUUCAGCCUAACGGGGGCCUACCUGGUCCUCUGGAAGGCUCUCAGCAUCUGCCAGAUGCGCAUUACGUUAUGGUGAGGGAGAGAGAGCGCUUCCUUGCCCCCAGUUCAGGGCUGCAGCCCCCGCUGGCUGCGGCCGCUGUGGCAGUGGGACCGAACCUGACAGUGACAGAAAGGGAGCGAAUCCCCGCCUCCAGUUACCAAUUUCCUGCCGAAACCUCGGUGAUGGCUGGAAAGACAGAGGUUUCUGGUGACGCAGUCCAUGGCCCCCUGCCAAAUUUCAGUUUAGAGGAGUCUGGUCAUUCUAAUUCUACUCGCACCACGUCUACCAGAGUCUCCAAGCACAGCAUCGUGCAGCAUUCUUACUCCUGAACCGUAGUCCGCCACGGUCUGACCCGGAGUCCCAUUUCACAGUUUCAACAGGCCUGUCUUCUGAUGAGCCUGUAGACUUACGAGACAUACACAUCGGGCUUAAAACUCUUCUCAGUCACUAAUACACAACCAGCCUUGCCGUCCUAGCCUCCAGGGGUGGGCUUCAGAAAUGCUCCAGGGUUUGCUGAAGGCAUAAGGACGAUGCGAUGUCUUAAGUGCCUUUUAGUGAGUUAUGGCCAAACAAUAUUCACAAAGCAAAUUAGAGAGUCAGUCCAGCUUCCAAGAGUUCACCAAAUGGACACAGAGUAGCCAGGGCUUCCGCUGUGCAGUCCAGCCACCCAUGAAGCUGACUGGGCCUCUUGGCCUACUGCAUUCACCUUGAACGUUGCCGUUCUGUAUCCCAUACUUGACAGCCCCCAGCAGGUUAUCAACACCUCAUUUCUCCAAAACCACGUGCACAGUCUGGACGACUGUUUGAAGACUAGAGGCCUGGCCUUUUAAUCUAUUUUAGGAUGAUUGAAUUUGGGGACAUUGACACAGUAAAGAGCACACGUUGUAGGUCUCUGUGCGUGUGUGUUGUAUGACCAUAAAAAUAACAUUAUUGCUUCCCUGUGUCUCCCCAAAAUCAUGAAAAUAAUGAACACUUCAAAUUCAGUUGAAUAAUCCAGGGCAAAAUUCAUAAAUAUAAAAUCACUUUACUUUUUAGAGUAAUAUACUAUUUUUACAAACUCAGGAUACAUUAUCUUCUAAUUCUGUACAGCUAACUUAACCACCAGAUUGGCUUCUUCUCCGCCGUGGUAAGAACCUGCCUGUUUCACAGCUAUGUAUCCUCAGUACAUGACAUGAGUGCCAAAUAAAUACUGUGGCAUCAAACCAAAUUUUAGAAACCAUCCUUUUUUGUUUACAGUUGCAAAAAAUACUGAAAAACCCUAUACUGUCGGUAAUUGUGAGUUUGAAAUGAUUUUAUUCUACAUCUCAAAGUCGCUGACUGCCCAGUCCUGACUUACUACGUGAAUAUUAAAUAUUAAAGAUCAUUCAGUUGAACAUAUGGCCUGAAAUUGUACAACAUCCUUUUGCCUUUCAUUUUGAAAAGUUAUUUGGGUAUUUUGGCUUCUCAGUAGAUUACGCUUUCAUUGCUCCUUGAAAAAAUAGUUCAUUUAAAGUUUCAAAGCAUGCGUGCUUAUCAGUAACAGUUGAUGUGAAUAUUUCCCACAACAAAAUUAAAGACUAUGUAAAUUUUUUAUUUUUCAAGGUAUUUUGCUAGGGAAAUGAAUCUUUAAAAAUUCUUUUUUUAGACGUGUUUUUUACCUGAAUUAUGUUAUACAAAAGAUUGAUAUGUUUUUCCGCUACUGACUGGAUAUGGGCAAAAGGCAUAUAUUUUUAAAUAUCAUUAAGUGUGUGGCCAAGGUGAAGGUCAGUCUUCCAUGAUCUAAGUUUUUUACUCUACUUAGUAAUUGUUGCUCCCCCCCCCCAUUAUAUACUUAGUAGUUAUAUUUUGCUAUAUAUGCAACAGGAAUUUCACUACUGUGUGAAAUGUGAAUAUGAUCUGCGGACUCCAAAAAUCCAAACUUGGUCUUAACCGUCCUCCUUGGACAGACUCAGAAAACCUAACCUGUCUCUCUUGUAUGUAGCAUAAUCACAUUUUCUAAAUGGUUUUUUUGUACCUGAAAUGGUGAUUUGUAUUAGGUUUUACAUUUGUUCCUUGGGAGAUUAUAUUUGUACGUGCAUCAUCAUGAAAUAUUUAAAUAAAAAGAUGACCUUUAGAGUGA